ACUAAAUGUUGUUUGAAACAGUCUGUGAUAAGAUUCACUAUUUAAGACAUCAAAAAUGUUAAAGGCAAUAUUUGUGUUCUUUAGUUGUAUAUUAUGUGUAAUUUGUUAUAUAGUUAACCCUGGACCUAUGUACCCACCAACCAAGGGAGAAAUAUGGCCUUUGGUUGGAAACCAAGUUAAAAGUAAAACAUAUUUUGUUUUGAGACCGCAGUUUUUUGAAUUUAACGUAUUAAACUUUAGUUUAAAGUGUUUUUAAUUUGAAUAUUAUCUCAUUGUGAGAUAUACCUAAUCUUAUAUGUGCCCAUAACAAUAGCAUUAUAUUAAACUAGCAACAAUAGGUUUGCUUAGUUGUUUAAAUAUGCUCAAAGUGUUUAUAUGUUUGUUGUUAUUCAUAAACAUUGUACAAUGUUAUAUUAUGGAACCAGGGGCUUUAAUAAAAGCGACCAAAGGAGAAAUAUGGCCCAUACCUAAAAAUCAAACCAAAAACAAUAAAUAUUUAAUUUUAAACCCAAAUUUAUUUAGCUUUAAGGUUGUCAAUUAUGAUUGCUCAAUAAUCCAACAAGCCAUCACUAGAUACUGGUUAAUUAUAAACCAGCAAGCCCUGGGAAAUUUUAAACCAAUACAAAAGCUGCAAAAUGACUUAUACAAAAAAGAAAAACACCCUAAUUUCGAAGGUUUUCUCGAUGCUUUAAAUGUCAAUUUGACAGGUUCAUGUAAAGGCGAUGAGUUGCCAUACUUUAACAUGGAUGAAAGUUAUGAAAUUGAAAUAUCCAAACAGAGAGUUGAACUGAAAUCUCCAUCAAUAUGGGGUAUACUUAGAGGCAUGGAAAGUUUUUCACAGCUAAUUUAUGCCAGUGAAGACCUAACAUUAAAGGUUAACUUCACAACCAUAUCUGAUAGACCAAAAUAUUCUCAUAGAGGCCUUCUUCUGGAUACAUCAAGACAUUUUAUUUCCGUGAAAAAAAUUCUGGAAACUUUGGACGCAAUGGCUUAUAAUAAGCUCAAUGUGUUUCACUGGCAUAUUGUGGAUGAUCAGAGUUUUCCAUAUAAAAGCGUUAAGUUUCCAAAAAUGAGCGAUAAAGGGGCAUACCACCCUGUGCUUAGAGUUUACCAGCAAGAUGAUAUCAAAAAUAUUAUUGAGUAUGCUAGAAUUAGAGGGAUACGAGUGAUGGCAGAGUUUGAUACACCAGGACAUACGAGAUCAUGGGGUGAAGCAAUUACUGAUUUAUUAACACCUUGUUACGACAAAACAUCAAGUAAACCCACAGGUCAAUUUGGUCCCAUAGAUCCAACCAAAAAUUCAACGUAUGCGUUUUUAAAGACAUUUUUUGGGGAAGUUGUUAAAGUUUUUCCUGAUAAAUAUGUACAUUUGGGUGGGGAUGAAGUCGGAUUUGAGUGCUGGGAGAGCAAUCCUAUAAUAAAAGAAUUCAUGAAAGCUAAUAACUUGACGGACAACUAUGCUGGCUUAGAGAGUUUCUACAUUCAAAAACUCGUAAAAAUAGUCCAAAACUUAAAAUCAAAUUUCAUAGUUUGGGAGGAAGUCUUUACUAAUGGAGUCAAACUUCCGCCGGAAACAAUUGUACAUGUUUGGAUUGAUGGGGACUACAAAGGCUUAAUGUCAAAUAUUACUGCUGAAGGUAAAAAAAUAAUCCUUUCGGCUUGUUAUUAUUUGGAUCAUUUAGAGACGGGCGGUGAUUGGUUGAGUUACUAUAGAUGUGACCCUAGCAAUUUUACUGCUACAGAUAAUCAAAAAUCUUUGGUUAUGGGAGGCGAAGCUGCGAUGUGGUCUGAAGUUGUCAACGAUUAUAAUGUUAUAUCUAGGGUAUGGCCUAGAGCUUCAGCAGUGGCAGAAAAGUUGUGGUCUGUCCAUAGCCCGAACUUAAAUAUCGAUGAUACGGACAACAAUGUUAUAAAUUUAUAUAUAAAGGGAAAACUCACCUCGGACACCAUAAUGGUGGCAAAAAGAUUGGAGGAACAUACUUGCAGAAUGAAUAAAAGGGGAAUUGGGGCUCAGCCACCCACUGGACCUGGAGUAUGUUUAUAAGAAGAAUGUUGUAUUAGUUUUACAGAUUUUAGAUUUUUGUAUUAGUUUUAUGGAUUUUACUCUUUCAAAUAUUAUUAAAAUAAAUUAGAAUAAAAAGAAUUAUUUACUUAAUUAAAGCAAUCCC